AUGUCUCAUGUUAAAUUCACUCCGGCCUAUUCCUACUACGACGUGCAGUACUCUGAUUUCUCCCACAUCAACUACACACAGCCUGACUACUCCGACGAUGAUUUAGGAUCAGGCGAGGAAGGACAGGAUCGGCCACCUGAUGAUUACAGGCCCAGGGAGCAGCUGCCGCUUUCUUAUAGCCCUCACCAGCCCAGGGAGGAGAAGCACAAGAAGGAGAAGAAGGACAAGUCGAAGAAGGACAAGCCGUCGAAGAGGCACCACCACAUGAGUGACACGGCUGGAUUGCCAGAGGCACCGGAGGCCCCUGCUGAUAGUGGUGCCGCGGUGCCUCCCGGGCGAGCUGCUGCUGAGAAGGACUCGUGGCCCCUGCCAAUCAGCAAGGCGGGCAAGAAGAAGAAGAAGAGGUCGUCAAAGGACAAGGACGCCGCGAAAGCGCCUGCGCCCGCGGAAACCGAAAAACCCCCAGCCCCAGAUGCUCCAGCUGAGUCUCAAGAGGAAUCAAAAGAUGAAGCGAAUGAUGAGUCAAAGGAGGAACCGGAGGAGGAGGAGGUAAAAGAGGAGCCCAAGGAAGAGCCAAAAGAUGAGCCAGCCGAAAAGCCAAUUGAGGAAGUGAAAGAGGAAGUCAAGGAGAAAUCACCUCCCGAAGAGCCUACCUCUCCUAAGAAAAGCAAAAAGGACAAGAAGAAGGACAAGAAGAAGGAGAAGAAAGCUAGCAAAAAGGCGGAGAAGUCAGCAUCGAAGGAGAAGGGCCACUCACCGAAGGACGAAGCGCCAAAGGAGGCCGAGAAGCCUGCCGACGACACCCCCGCCGCUGCCACCAAUGGGGAAGCGGACCAGCAAUCUCCCGCACCAGGCGACAAAGUUGAAGAUUCCGCCGAGGCCGCUGAGGCGCCGGAGGCAUCCGAAUCAGCUGCGGCACCCGAGACAGACGAGGAUCCCGCGGAGUCUGCCGAAGAGUCAAAACAAGCCGAUGGGCUGGCCGCUGCUGAGGAAUCUAAGGCAGCUGAGGAGGAACCUAGCAUGCCUGACGAAGCCCCGGCAGCUGUUGAAGAGAAGGCUGUUGAGGAGAAGGCUGUUGAGGAGGGCGACCACGCAACUGAGGAUGCCAAGCCAGCCGAAGAAGCGAAGGCUGGUGAGGAAGAAUCAAAGGCAGCUAAGGAAGCCAACCCAGGCGAUGAAGCCCCGGCAACUGAAGACACCAAGGCCGUGGAAGGAGCUCCGGCAUCAGAUGAAGAACCUGCUGUACCCGAAGAAACCAAAGCCAGCGAAGGAGAGUCGAAGGGAGCUGAAGAAACACCCUCCACCGAAGCAGCCCCAACAGCCGAGGAAACAGCAGCAGCUGAAGAAUCAAAAGAAGCCGAAGAAACAAAGGCGACGGAAGCUUCAGCAGCCGAGGAAACACCAGCAACUGAAGAAUCGCAAGGAGCUGAAGAAACGAAGCCUGCGGAAGCUCCAGCAGCAGACGAAGAAGCUGAUGUAUCCGAAGAAAUCAAGGCCAGUGAAGAAGAGUCUAAGGGAGCUGACAAUGCACCCUCCACCGAAGAAGCUCCAGCAGUUGAGGAAAAACCAGCAACUGAAGAUUCGAAAGGAGCUGAAGAAACGAACACUGCGGAAGCUCCGGCAGCUGAGGAAGCUGCUGUACCCGAAGAUAAAAAGGUAGGCGAUGAAGAGUCUAAGGGGACUGAAGAAGUACCCUCCAGCGAGGAAGCGCCUACAGUCGAAGAUUCGAAAGUAGCUGAAGAAGUUGCUGCAUCCGAAGAUAAAAAGGCUGGUGAAGAAGAGUCUAAGGGGACUGAAGCAGCACCCCCCUCCGAAGAAGCCCCCGCAGUUGAAGAUUCGAAAGUAGCUGGAGAAGUUGCUGCAUCCGAAGAUAAAAAGGCUGGUGAAGAAGAGUCUAAGGGGACUGAAGAAGCACCCUCCUCUGAAGAAACACCUGCAGCUGUGGAAAAGAAACUAGACGAAGAAACCUUUACAAUCGAAGCAUCGAAAGUGGGCGAGGAAGAAACCAAACCCGCCGAGGAGGCUACGACAUCGGCAGAGUCUAAGGCAGCCGACGGCGACACAGUAACCGAUGAAGCUCCAGAAUCCGAGGCAUCGAAAGUAACCGAAGAAGCACCAGCAGCUGAAUCAAAAGCAGCUGAAGAAGCUGCUGUAUGCGAAGAAACUAAGGCUAGCGAAGAAGAGUCUGAGGCAGCUGAACCAUUAGUAGUUACAGAAGCACCCGAUGCUGAAGAAUCGAAAGGAACUGAAGAAUCACCUUCCAUCGAAGAGGCUCCCAAACCUGAAGAAGCACCGGCAGCGGAAGGGGAACCCAAGCUAACGGGGGAAGCGGCGCCACCUGCGGAAUCAGAGACAGCUGACGAAGCUCCAGCAGUGGAAGAAUCGAAAGCGGAUGAGGAAGUCUCAACAGCGGAAUUGAAAGUAACUGAAGAAGUCCCCGCAGCCGGAGAUUCGAAACCAGCCGAAGCACCCGCUGCUGAGGAAGAAACCAUACCUACCGAAGUAGCGGCGUCAUCUGCAGAAACAAAGGUAUCUGAUGAAGCCCCAACAGUCGACGAAUCCAAAGCAGCCGAAGAAGCACCCUUAGUCGAAGCAACACCCUCAGUCGAAGCAACACCCUCAGUCGAAGCAACACCCUCAGUCGAAGCAACACCCUCAGUCGAAGCAUCGCCCUCAGCUGAAGAAGUACCAGCAGUUGAAUCGACAGCCGCUGAGGAAGCUGCGGAGUCCGGGGAAAUUAAGCCAGCUGAGGAGAAAACCAAACCCACUCCUGCCGAAGUGCCUCGCCGCCAGCCUGGCCCUUGGUCCGCCUCUCCUCGCGUACCAUGUCCUCAAUGGUCAUAUCCUCAUUCCCCUCAGGAAACUCCAACGGUCGAGGUGUCAAAAGCAGCCGGAGAAGUCCCUAGAGCCGAGGAAGCCGCGGCAUCGGCAGAAUCAAAGGCAACGGAUCAACCACCAGCCACUGAAGAAAACAAGGUUGCUGAAGAUGAAGCUACAUCGGCCGAGGCGGCAGCGACACCUGCAGAAUUCAACGCAGCCGUUGAAGCCACAGCCGUCGAAGAAACUAAGGCUGGCGAGACAGCCCCGGUAACUGAGGAAGAAAUCAAACCGGCCGAGGAGGCUGAUGCGUCAACAGGAUCCAAGGCAGCUGAAGAGUCUGAGGUAGAUCAAGGAGCCUCAGCAGCUAAGGAGGUUGUGGUAUCCGAAGAAACCAAGGCCGGUGAAGGAGAGUCUAAGGCUGCUGAAGAAUCCAAACAAGCCGAGGAAGCUAAGGUAGCUGGGGACGCUCCCGUAGCUGAAGAAGAAAUCAAACCAGCUGAGGUAGCUGUAUCUGAAGAAGCCAAUCCAACCAAGCAAACCCCGACCUCCCAAGAGAUAAAAACAGCUGAAGGGACGAAGGCUACUGAAGAGGAAACCAAACCCGUCGAGGAAGCUGUUGCAGCUGAGGGAUCGAAGGCAAAUGAUGAAAACAAGUUAGCUACUGAAGCUCCGGGACCCGACGAAACUGAGAGUGGUGAGGAAGAGUCAAAGGCAGCUGAUUCAACCGAGUCAAAAGAAGAAACCAAGGCUGGCGAGGAAGCAUCAAAGACACCUGAUGAAGACCCAGAAGCUGCGGAACCCACGGUUGCUGAGGAGGAAACUAAGCCAGUUGAAGAUUCGAAGGCCACUGAAGAAUCGAUACCAAGUGAAGAGGCCCUAACAGUUGACGAAACUAAGAACGACGCACCGACCCCAAAGGCUGAAGAAGAUACCAAACUGGCCGAGGAAGCUGCAGUAGUUGACGAAUCGAAGGAAGCCGAAGCACCGACUCCGGCAACUAAAGAAGUACUAGCAGCUGACGUAAGUAAGGCGGGUGAGGACGUGUCGAAAACAGCUGAUGAAUCCAAGUCAAUUGAGGAAAUCAAGGUAGCCGAAGAAGCUAAGGCGGGCGACCAAGGAUCGAAGGCAACUAACGAAGCACUAACAUCAGUAGCCGAAGAAACCCAGACUGUUGAGGAAGAAACUAAAGCUUCCGAGGAAGGAAAUAAUCCUGUUGAAGAAUCCCUGGCAGCUGGAGAAACCACGAAAUCUGAGAAGACCACAAAGACCGAGGAAAUCAAGUUAGCUGAGGGAACUCCAGCAGCAGCAGAUGAGUCCAAGCCUGCUGAAGUCGAAACUGCGGCUGCUGAAGGAGAAAAAGAGUCCGUUCCCGAAAAGACUAAAGCUGAUUCCGAAGAGCAAAGUACACCAGUCGAGGCUGCUACAGCAGAUGAGCCUGCGGAAACCGAAAAGAUAGCAGAUGUCAAGCCAGCCGAGGAUGCAACCAACCCGGCCGAAGACAGCAAACCUAUCGAGGGGGGACCGCUGGCAGCCGAAGAAACCAGGCCUGUCAUUGAAGACAUCGAGCUUGUUGAAAAAGAGGAAUCGAAGACUGGAGCAGACGAAAAGAAAUCAGCUGAAACGGUGGCAGAGGAGGGAGGGGAGACACAAGGACUUCCAACGGUUGACGAUCUAAAGCCAACCGAGGCAGCCCCAGUAUCCACAGAAGAUGAAGUUAAACCUUCUGACAAGCCAGAUGCGGCGACAAGUAUGGACGAACCAACAGCUUGCGCUGAAUCUAAGCCAGAGGGCGAGGAUAAAGCCGAUGAAUUACCGUCAACGGAGAAAGUCGAAACAGCCAAUAAGCCCACUGAAACUGAAGAAACUGAAGUUGGGGAUGAGUCUACUCCUGAUGAACCCGAGGGAGGAAGCCUAGCUUCCUCACCCAAGGCGGCAGGAAAUGAAGACCAGUCAGCUGAGGAAUCAACAGAGACCUCAAGCGACAAAGACUCGGCAUCAGACGCGACUAAGUCGGACGCUACGGCAGAUACCUUGGUCGUGGAUACGGGCGACAAAACUGAGACUAAUGAGGAAGGCUCGGAUGAGGGCGAGGAUGCUAAGGCUGAAGAUAAAGCUUCCAGAAGUACUGAAGAGUCAGCACAGAAGGAAGAGCUUUCUGAGUCGAUCGUACUACCAGACGUGGCUGCUGGAGAUGAGGCAGAGAAGCCUGCCGAGGAAGAAAUGUCGGCUGAGAAGGAGAACCUGGCGGCUGACGACAAGCCCGCUGAUGAGGAGAAGCCAGCUGAUGAGGAGAAGCCAGCUGAAGAGAAACCAACCGAGGACGAUAAGCCAGCUGAGGGCGACAAGCCCACCGAUGAGGAGAAGCCGGUUGAAGGUGAUAAAUCGACUGAAAAUGAGAAGUCAGCUGAAGAGAAGUCAACCGAAGACAACAAACCAGCUGAGGACGAUAAGGUAGCCGAUGAAGAGAAGCCAGCUCAAGGUGGAAAACCAACCGAAGAUGACAAGCCAAUUGAAGACGACAAGCCAGCUGAGGAGGAGAAGCCAGUAGUAGACGAGAAACCAGCUGAAGAGGUAGUUGAAGACGACAAAUCAGCUGAGGGCGGUAAGGUAGCCGAGGAGGAGGAGCCGGUUGAAGGUGAAAAACCAGCCGGGGACGACAAGCCAGUUGAAGACGACAAGCCAGUUGAAGACGACAAGCCAGUUGAAGACGACAAGCCAGUUGAAGACGACAAGCCAGUUGAAGACGACAAGCCAGUUGAAGACGACAAGCCGGCUGACGGAGACAAGUCAACCGAUGAGGAGAAGGCAGCUGAAGGCGAUAAACCAGCCGAGGAGGAUAAGCCGUUGGAAAACGAGAAAUCAGCUGAAGACAAGGAAGCAUCCGAGGAUGAGAAAUCGGCGGAAGAGGAGAAGCCUGUUGAAAGCGGUCAACCGGCUGAAAGUGAUAAGCCGGCUGAGGAGAAGGCGGCUGAAGAGGAGAAGCCUGUUGAGGAGGAGAAGCCUGUUGAAGAGGAGAAGCCUGUUGAAGAGGAGAAGCCUGUUGAGGAGGAGAAGCCGGCUGAGGAGGAGAAGCCUGUUGAAGAGGAGAAGCCGGCUGAGGAGGAGAAGCCUGUUGAAGAUGAAAAGCCGGCUGAGGAGGAGAAAUCAAUUAAGUCAGUUGAAGAUGAGAAGCCUGCUGAGGAGGAGAAGCCGGUUGAAGAUGAAAAGCCGGCUGAGGAGGAGAAAUCAAUUAAGUCAGUUGAAGAUGAGAAGCCUGCUGAAGAGGAGAUGGCAACUGAGGAGGAGAAACCAACUGAGUCUGUUAAAGAGGAGAAGCCUGUUGAGGAGGAGAAGCCGGUUGAAGAGGAGAAGGUUGCUGAAGAGGAGAAGCCUGCUGAGGAGGAGAAGCCGGUUGAAGAUGAAAAAGCUACUGAGGAGGAGAAGCCAGCUGAGGAAGAGAAGCCUGUUGAAAGUGAUAAGCCGGCUGUUGAGGAGGAGAAGGCGGCUGAAGACGAAAAGGCUGCUGAGGAGGAGAAACCUGCUGAGCCCGAUACCCCACCGGAGGCAUCUGUAGAAGCAGCACCGGUUGAAGAGAUUCAAGCAGAAGAAGAGGCGGCAGAAGAAGCCCUAGAAGAAUCAAUCCCAGCAGAGGAAAAGCCUGCGGAAGAGCCAAUACCAGCAGACGCAGCCCCCGAAGCCUUAACAGAGCAGAACGUUGCCGAGGCUGAUGCUCCAGCAGGCCAGGCGGUAGCAGAAGCAGCGCCAGAGGAGGCAGUGCCAGUCACAGAAGAGCCUGCAGAAGCAUCUCCAGAAGAGGCCGCCCCAGAAACCUCAACAGAGGAGAAGCCAGCUGAGCCUGAUUCCCCAGCAGAAGAAGCCUUAGCAGGACCAGCGCCAGCGGAAGAAAAGGACGCAGAAGAAUUCUUGGCAGAAGAAACUCCAGAAGAAGUAGCUUCUGCAGAGGAAAAGCCUGCUGAAGCAUCUCCGGAAGAAGCAGCCCCAGCGGAGGAGAAGCUUGCCGAACCCGAGCCCCAACUAAAGGAAGCACCAAAGGAAAUCCCUGAGGAGAAACCUGCCCCCGAGCCAGUUAAACCGAAGGAGUCAGAGGAUGAAACAGCCAGAAGGAGGCGGCGAUCUUCUCGCGCGCUCCCGAUUGAUGAGAAAACCAGAGACCGGUUUAGGAGAGAGAUCGAGAUCGAGACCGAGACCGGGAUAGAGAUAGAGAGAGAGACCGGGACAGGGACAGAGAGCGACCUAGAGAGAAAGAUAGGGAUCGAGAUCGAGAGCGUGAACGUGAGCGUGAGAGGGACAGAGACAGAGAAAGAGACCGCGACCGGGAUGGAGAACGCCGCCGGAGGCAUCGCCACUCUCACCACUCUGACAAAAGCAGAGGCGAGGGUGAGCCGAAGGAGAGCAGACGACGAUCGUCCCAUCAUCGCCACCACCGGGAGGAGAUUCCCGAAGAGCCAAUUCCGAAACCGACACAGCAAACCCCACGCCGACGGGAUAGCGGCUUCUCGGCUGAUGAUUCUGGUAGCUCCAGCCGUCGCCAACGAAGCGCUGAAGAGCAGGAGGCCCAUGAUAAGCGAAAGGCAGAACGACGAGCAAGGGAUUUGGAGCGAGAAACUCGUGAAUUACCGCGUUCUCGAGACGGCAAAAGCAAAGAGCAUGAUUCUCGAGAAAUUCCACGCUCAAGAGACGGUAAAGUAA